AAACAUGCUCGUCCUACCCUGUUCCCAAUCACCCUAAGCCUGCCCUCACGCCACUCUUGCGAAUACUAGUUGGUUUGCCAAGAUGGCUGGCACAGGAAUGCACCCUUACCACCGGCAAUGGAUGCCGGCCCCGGGCCUUCCGCCUCCUCCCGCCGCUUCACCUUCCCAUUCACACCCUCACCCUCCGCCCAUCCUCUCACCGUUAGACGAGGUACGGACUAUAUUUAUAUCGGGAUUACCGGAGGACGCGAAGGAGAGAGAGUUGCAGAAUUUGUUGAGGUGGUUGCCGGGGUAUGAGGCUUCUCAGGUUAAUUUUAAAGGAGAACAUCCGAUGGGUUUCGCACUUUUUGCUACUGCGCAGCAUGCUCUUGCUGCCAAGGAUGCCCUUCAGGAUAUGGUUUUUGAUACGGAGUCAAAAUCAGUAUUGCACACUGAGAUGGCAAAGAAGAAUCUUUUCGUAAAAAGGGGAAUAGUUUCUGAUUCAAAUACUUAUGACCAAAGUAAACGGAUGCGAACUGGCGAUGAUUAUACACAUACUGGCUAUUCAAGUCCAUCUCCUUUCCAUCCUCCUACUGCGCCUGUUUGGGCACCUCAUGGGUAUAUGGCACCAGCACCUCCUCCUUAUGAUCCAUAUGGGGUUUACACCGUUCCUCCAGUGCCGAUGCCUGCUCCAGCUCCUCGACCAGCACCAAGCAGUUACGCACCUAUUCAGAAUACCAAAGACAACCCUCCUUGCAAUACUCUAUUUAUUGGCAAUCUUGGGAAGAAUAUUAACGAGGAGGAGCUGAGGGGCCUAUUCAGCGUGCAACCUGGUUAUAAGCAGAUGAAGAUUAUAAGACAGGAAAGACAUACUGUUUGCUUCAUUGAGUUUGAAGAUCUGAAUAGUGCCACCAAUGUACACCACAGCUUGCAGGGUGCCAUUAUACCCAGUUCUGGUUCUGUUGGCAUGCGUAUUCAAUAUUCAAAGAAUCCGUUUGGGAAGAGGAAGGACUCCAACUACCCAGGUGUUUCCCCCGCGAUGAACGGAGCACCACCACCAAUGACCUACCAGUAGCUAGAAGGGGAUGUAUUCUGUUCUCUAUGCUCUGACAAAUGCAAACCCACUGCAUGAUAGGAUGCACGAUGCAUCCAUUUCUUCAUCAAUGAUGCAUCCAUUUCAUCAUCAAGUCAUUAGCAUUAGCAUCUACUCAUGUAUUGUUGCACUCAGUGAAGUCUUGAAACAUGCUGUUGGUUCAUGUUAUACUCAGAUCUUUAAAAACAUGCACUCAAGGCACUGCCUUAUUCUGAUGGUUUGCUAACCUAUCACAUGUAAUUCUGUUCAAAUUUUGUUCUUUUCUACCUUGUUUGAUAUCAGGACCCUAGAAAGAAAACGACAAUUAUACCCAAUACUCAUUUCAUCGCAUAUCAAUAAGAAAACUGAUACUUUUAUUUCA